UUAGAUAGGAUAUAGACCUUGUCCGAAAAAUGGCUCCGUCUACUGAGUGGGGAAUAUCAGCUUCUGAAAAGCAGGCAGAAUUACAGCGAUCACAAAUCCGCGCAAGGAUUAGGAAUGACUACCAACGGAAGAUAAACAAUCCAGCAUUCAAAGAGUCUUUGAUUGAUCCUGCCUACUUCCGAUGGAACUAUGCUCGGCAUAACUCAUAUAAUUACUUCAAGGCUACUAAAUUGACAUCGAUAGCAGGGGCCAUUAUGGGAGUAGCUAUUCCAGUAGGACUUAUCUACUUCUUCUAUAGGCAUAGGAAAUACACAGAGGAGAUGUACGAGUCUGGAAAGUGGAAGAAACCAAGAAAUCUUGUCAAUGGUUGAUGUCAUCAUUACAUCAUGAACUAUAAAUAGAAUUUACCUAUGUCUGCAAGCCAAGUGAACUUUCUCCCAGGGAAUUCCAUACUUUGUAUAUCUUCAUGGAGAUUACUGCUCCCUUAUCAACAUCCAAACCAACCGGACAGCCUCGUCAACCUUAUCAAUCAAAAAGGAAACCUGAUGAUCAGAUUUAAAAAUCAAUUUUGUUUUUAAAUUUAAAAAUGAGUUUUCAACAGCUUUCCACCCAGAAGAGCGCUCCCAAUGUCACAGCCGAGAAAUCCCCAAUUCAUGACUUGAUCAUGAUGAUGAUAUUUUCUGAACUAUCAAAUAUUUGAGCUUGCUUAUACUAUGUUUUAUUGUGUGUAUUGAAUAGAUAACAUCUUUAAAAUGA